AUGGCCUCCAGUGUUGUACCUGUUGCUAACACAAGAAAUGGCUUCAUCAUCGUGACCCAAGUGGAACCAGGAGGAACAGAGCAAUACAGCCUCGGGACUGGAGGUGGAGUCUCCACUGGAGGCCCACUUAAAAAACUUCUGAAAGGAGAGCCAAAGGCACUGGGGACUGUCCAGAUAAUGAUCGGGAUCAUGACGCUCUUAUUUGGCAUUAUUAGAACAGUGUAUGUCCCAAGGAUCGGUGUCUACAGAGGUGUCACCUACUGGGGAUCAUGUCUUUAUAUCACUUCAGGUUCUUUGUCUGUUGCUGCAGGCAAGAAAGCUGAUAACUGUGUGGUGAUAGGCUCACUGGUGAUGAAUAUAAUCAGCGCUGUGGCUGCAGGGGUAGCUAUUGUUCUGCUUUCUUUUGACAUGUUCUUUCAGCUGAAACGUUCAUAUUAUCACAGCUGUUCCUACAACGAUUCUUAUAGAGAUGAUUAUCUGUGUGAAGCUUCCAUCUGGUGGUGGGGCCAGUCAGGUGGAAUCAGUGGAGUUCUGCUGGUGUUCUCUCUGCUUGAGUUCAUCAUCUCCAUCUGCACUUCUGUGUUUGCCUGCAAAGCCACCCACUGUGCUGGAGCUCCGGCCGUGUUUAUUAUCAGCAAUCCUGAAACACACAAUCUGGCUGAGGAAAAUGCUUAA